ACAUUAAAAAGUUGGUUUCCACAGAAGGAUCUCGCCGAAGUAAACCACAAGCAGCCAUCUUCCAAUCUCGCUCUCCACUCUCAACACCUUCCCUCAAGGGAGUCGCUGCUCCUUAGCUCCUGGAAAUUGCUCGUCUUCCAUUUCCGACCUCCUUCCACAGCUCCCCCAAUCUUCUCUUUCCUCCUGGGUGGCUCGUGGUUCUCUCUCUCUCUCUCUCUCUCUCUUCUCACAUUCCGCCCUUUUAAUUUUCUUGCCCACCCCAUCAAUCUUUUUUCGUUCAGUCUUAAUUUUGGACUUGAUGGCAUCAAAGUUGCGUCAGUUGCAAUCCAAGGCUUGUCAAGCAUCACAAGUCAUGACCAAGCACGCAUCUGCUUACUAUAAGCAGUUGUUGGAGGAGAACAAGCAGCAUGUUCAGGAGCCAGCUACAAUUGAGAAAUGCAACCUCCUUGCGAAGCAAUUGUUUUACACUCGUCUUGCUAGUAUCCCUGGUCGAUACGAAUCAUUCUGGAAGGAAGUGGAUUAUGUGAAGCAGAUAUGGAAGAACAGGCAAGAGUUGAAGGUGGAAGAUGCUGGAAUAGCUGCUUUGUUUGGGUUGGAGUGCUUUGCCUGGUUUUGUGCCGGUGAGAUCGUGGGAAGGGGAUUUACUUUCACUGGUUAUUAUGUGUGAGAAAACAAGCAAUUUGGUGAAAUUUGUUCUUCAGGGAUUGCAUGUGUAAAAACCCCUCUUGUCAUAUUUGCAUAGUAUGAACUGCUGGAUGUAUACAUGCUAUGAAUUUUAUUUUUGUUUAUUCCUGAAAAAUUUUUGUAGCUGAGGAAUAAUCCAUGUGAUUGGAGACUGACUUGGACAUGUUGUCUUUGUUAUGUGUUGGAAGCCACUGCUGACACAUCCAAUGGCUGAUAAUAGUGCACACUUUGUUGCCUUCCAUC